CUUGGGUGACGGCCGCAGAUAUUGAAGAGCGAUAUUACGUCGUAGUGACGUAAUUUUUAGAUGACGUAGUCAGAUUUCAUUGGACUGUGAUAAUUCAGUAACACGACAUAAAAUGAAGGUGAUAUGUGCAGGGAUGCCGAAAUGUGGAACGAAAACUAUGCAUUCUGCUUUAGAAGAACUCGGGUUCGAAGUACAUGACUUCCCGGAAGCAUAUGAAAAUUUUGCCUCGAAAUAUUUGAAAUUUGUUUCCAGAGGAUGGACCUUCGGGCAGUUCCAGGUAAUGUACAAAGAAGUCGAUGCUGUGGUGGACAUUCCAGCGUAUUACUUCUGGGAAGAAUUGAUGGAAGUUUUUCCGGAAGCAAAGGUAAUACUAAUGACUAGGGACGACGAAGAAGUUUGGUUUAAAAGUAUUAGAAAACAGUUGCUUGCUUUCAAUGGAUUGCAUAGAUACUACUAUCAACUUCUUUCGCCAACCUGGAGAAGAUUUUGGGAAUUUGCAAAAAAUUGUAACAUUGCUUUUGGACGAGAACAAUAUAAUUUUAUGUACUUUGGAGAGAAAGAUCCCCCGAAACUUCCUUUUAUGCUGACGUAUAAAAAGCACAAUGCUCAUGUAACUCGGAGAUGCUCAGAAGAUCGUCUUCUAAUUUACAACUGCAAAAGUGGUUGGGAACCUCUGUGUAAAUUUCUUGGAAAGGACGUACCAAGAAAAGAUUUUCCAUGGAUAAACAAAAACUGUGAAUUAGCACACAUGCUUUGGGAAUUGCCAAUGUUCAAGAAAGCUAAAACUGAAAUGUUAACAAAUGCCACUUUGUUGUUCGCUGGUAUUGUAUGCGCCGGAUAUUACUUUGUAAAAUAUGGUUGAAAUUGAAUGAGGAGUAUGUGCUUUUAACAUGAAAUUGUGAUCAAUACUUUUCGUUGUUGAAACACGCUUUCCUAUAUCAUGCAACAUCCUGUCUCAACUUAUUUCAUGCAACACAUAUUAUUCACCAAAUAAUAAAACAUAUGAAGUAUUUUUGAAAGAAUUGAAUUUUUCGACCCGGUAUGUCAAACUGCUAUUCGCUAUUGCAAAAACGCCAGUAACACGAUAAAAACUGUAAGCAUGUUAGACAUCAUGUCAUAUAUCUAAAGGUGGUUCCGGUCAGGAUAAAUGAUUUAUGCAUCUGUAAGUAUUGCAUUAAAUGAUAUCAUAAUAUAAAUGCAGAUGAUACAUAUUACUAAAACAAGUUUUUAAUAAUCUAGAAAUAAAUUAUUUGUCACAAAUAUUAUGUGAAAGUAUACUGACCAACUGUACCCAAAUAUAUAUAUUGCUUUACUGCACAGU